UGGAAGUCAUGCUUUGGCUCCCCUACACAGUCCGCCAGGUCAGGAGACUCACGACACUCAGCAACAGCUGACGAACAAUAGCAACAUGAAGAACAUAGCUGGUAAUUAUAUAACAGGCGGAUCAUUUUUACUCGGGCUGACGAACAAUACCAACAUGACCGGAGGAUUGCUUGGCGGUGGUCAGUCUGGAGCUCCGCGUGGUGUCGGAGCAAUCGAUCGGUCCACUCCGAAGUCCGCGUCGUCCCUGAAUGGUUUGCAAUUGUUGAGAAACAACUCGCGCAACAGCGGCGACCCGACGCCUGUUUCUGCUCGUAACGGUCCUGGACUUGGUGCUGGGCAUGGCCAAUUUGGUGGUACUCGCGUUGUAGGAGGUGCUGGGGCAAACUCAAAUAAUGCUGCUCUGAUACAUGUUGGCACCACGACGACGUCGAGAGCAGGUCACGAAAUGAAGACCAUUCUCGCAGGAGCUGGUGGCGCAUCUUCAGGAGGUAUGAAAAUGGGACUCGACGGGGCCGCAAGUUUUAACCCCUCGGCGUUUAAGAGCUUCAAGGGUGCCAAGACGUCCCUGCACCCUGGAUUUCAUGGUGGUGGAGAGAUGAGUUCGCGG